GCUGCGCUGAGUAAUUUGUGCAUCAUUUUAAUAUUCCUACAUUAAGUGCAAUCCAAACGAUUUAUCUUUAAACACUUAAGCUGUAGUUAACUACAGCUAUUUAAAUGUGAGUGCACAUGUUAGUAUGGCCAGUUCUAGAUCACCGGCAAACAGUAAUGCGUGUAACAACGUUAUUGAUACUCGCUACCACUGUCACGGCGACGGUGGCGAGCGAUGCGGACUGGUGGCAGAGCGCGCUCAUCUAUCAGAUCUAUCCGAGGUCGUUCAGAGACAGCAAUGGAGACGGAAUUGGGGAUUUAAAUGGCAUAACAGAGAAGCUGCCAUACCUUCAGCAACUUGGCGUGGACGCAAUAUGGCUGUCGCCAAUAUUUCUAUCGCCGAUGUACGACUUUGGCUACGACAUUACUGAUUAUACGAAAAUUGCGCCGGAGUACGGGACUAUGGAUGAUUUUGACAAUCUAAUGACUAAAGCAAAGUCAUUGGGCAUCCGUGUGAUUCUGGACUACGUUCCGAACCACACGGGCAAUGAAAGCGAGUGGUUCAUCAAAUCAGCUCAGAGGGAUGUUGAGUAUGAGAAUUACUAUAUUUGGGCGGACGGAGUGCCCGACCCUGAUAACGCGAGUGUGAUACUGCCACCUAAUAACUGGGUAAGCAAUUUUCGUAAAAGCGCAUGGGAGUACAGUACGACCCGUGGUCAAUUCUACCUGCACCAGUUCGCGAUCGGCCAGCCUGACCUCAACUACCGCGAGGCUAAGGUGCAGCAAGCGAUGAAGGACGUCCUCCGCUUUUGGCUAGACAAAGGCGUGUCUGGGUUCAGAGUGGACGCUAUCAACAUGAUGUACGAAGUCGACUCCGCACAGUUCGGAGGGGCCUAUCCUGACGAGCCUCCAUCUGGAGCCGAGGGUGCAACCCCAGACGACUACGAAUACCUAUCCCACAUAUACACGAGAGAUUUGGACGAAACAUACUAUGUCGUAUACGACUGGCGGGACCUCUUAGACGAAUACUUCAAAAAAGAUGGCGAAUACAAAAUAAUGAUGACUGAAGCGUACACGGAAAUCACAAAGAUGAUAAGAUUCUAUGGCACAGAAACUAGAAAUGGUUCCAUACCGUUUAAUUUCAGUUUCCUUGGGGAAAUUAAUAACGGUUCAAAUGCGAGGGAUAUAAAGAUGGUAAUAGAUAAGUGGAUGACGUAUAUGCCUAGUGGGAAGACUGCUAAUUGGGUCAACGGCAAUCACGAUCAGAGUCGCCUUGCGUCCCGCCUCGGCACCGCCCGGGUGGAUGCCAUGAAUAUGCUGGCUCUCAUACUGCCCGGGGUCGCGCUCACUUACCAGGGUGAAGAAAUUGGCAUGACAGACGGCGAAGUGUCCUGGGAGCAGACGAAAGACCCCCAAGCGUGCAACACUGACGACCCCGUCAACUACUGGAAGAAGUCCCGCGACCCAAACAGGACGCCGUACCAUUGGGACGCCAGCGCCCACGCAGGUUUCUCUUCAACCACGGGAGAAACCUGGCUACCUGUGGCUAGCAACUACUUGACCUUAAAUUUGGCUGCGCAAAUGGCAGCUGAAAAAAGUCACUAUAAGUUUUAUAAAGAUGUCCUUACCGUCAAGAAGCUACCAGCUGUUCGUUUUGGAGAUUUAGAAACUACAGCUUUCUCCGAGUCUGUUCUAGUGGUUAGCAGGCUUCUGCCGGGUGUCCCAGGUGUAGUGGGCAUAGUGAACCUGUCUGAUAAAGAGCAUCACCUGGACUUGACAUCCAUUAAACUGCUGCCAGUCCAGCUGAGAGUUGUCGCUUCCGGAAUCAACUGUACUCAUAAGAAAGAUGAAUGGAUGAGAAAAUCUAAUAUAACUGUAUCGGCUCACUGUGCUCUGCUGUUGCAAACAGUGAGAAGGUGUUGUUGAAGGAACAAAAAAGAGUUUAAAAUAAAAUUAUCAAA